AUGUUUGUGCCCGGCAUAGCGAUCGAUCCGGCAUUCACGCACCUGGCGUUUUCCGUCGCGUUCGCAGCCUUCACGUUUGUCGAGUACGUGCGCUACUUUGCGCUGUGGCCCUUUGGCCGCUCGAUCCACCUGUUCCUGAACGAGUUCAUCGACCACAAGGACUCUGGCACGGCCAUCCUGUCCCACUUUUACCUGCUUGCCGGCUCGGCGUGUCCGCUCUGGUUCGAGGGCCAGUCGCGCCUCUUGUCCCUCCUCGGCGUACUGUUUCUGGGCAUAGGCGACUCCAUGGCGAGCAUCGUCGGGAGGAAGCUGGGGAGUACCCGCUGGUCACCGGCCAGUGGGAAGACGGCAGAGGGAAGCCUCGGCUUCACUGUCAGUGUUGUGGGUGUUGCGGCGGUUCUGUGGCUCGUUGGGGCCGUGGAGGCCUUUGACCUCGCCGCGUUCACGAUCACGACCGCACUGAGCACGCUGCUCGAGGCGUUUAGUGCCCAGAACGAUAAUCUCAUUCUCCCCGUUUAUGGGUGGGCCAUUGGGACGCUGCUGGGCGUGUAG